GUCGGAAAGCGCCGCGGCUGUGGCGGCGCCACGUCCACUGCGGCGGCAGGAGAGAGGAGUCGGUUGGGCCUCCGGCCGGCUUCCAACCACCAUGGCCUUUACUCUGUACUCGUUGCUGCAGGCCGCCCUGCUCUGCGUCAACGCCAUUGCGGUGCUGCACGAGGAGCGCUUUCUUAAGAACAUCGGCUGGGGAACAGACCAAGGAAUUGGUGGAUUUGGAGAAGAGCCAGGAAUUAAAUCUCAGCUAAUGAACCUUAUUCGAUCUGUAAGAACCGUGAUGAGAGUGCCAUUGAUAAUAGUAAACUCAAUUACUAUUGUGUUGCUUUUAUUAUUUGGCUGAACAUCAGUGGGACAAAUGAAGACUCAGAAGACAAGAUGCCAACAGAAGUUAUUGCAUCAGUCAUUGCUGAACAUUUCUUAGCAGGCUGAUCUUGCACUUCACAAAACAAAAAACAAAAACUACAGAGUUGACAAUAAAACCAGAGUUUCUAUUUAUCUGAUUUUUUUUUAAUGUUACACUUGUUUCAUUACAAAAAGAUCAGAAACAGUAGUGCUGCAGGAUUGGAAUACAUUUGACUGCUGACUGUUAAUAGUUCAUGCUGUAGUAAAGAUUGUUAAAAGGGUACAAGACUGUCACUUCCUCUGUCAAUGCUCAGGGAUAAAGUGUUUUCCAAAGUUUUUAAAUUCCUUGUGGCUUCGUUAUGAUGUGAGAGUGACUAUCCCACUAAAUAAAAUUUAAAGGAUUUAAAAUAAGUAAUUAUUACAUAUAAAUGAUAAGUAGGUAAUUUGGACCAUCUUAUUCCAUACUCUUUGGUUAUUUAAGCUGUAUAUCGUCUCUGCUAUGAAGAACUAAAAUGUAUUGAUACUAUAAGGGGCAAUGCUCUCUGACUUCAGGGAGAAUUCCAUUUUCUAAGUCAAUCAUGUGGUUUUUUUUUGUUGUUGUUAGUUCUUUAUAUGUAUUUAUUUUAAAUUGGCCCAAAUGAUGAGAUCAUAAUGAAACUCUGAAGCAAAGUCUGUGCCCUUUUUACAAUAAUUUAUUUUAUAAAAUCAGCAUAAAUAGCCUAUAUGAACAAUCCUAAAGUAGUCACAAACUAUACGUGCUAGAAGAUUGUUUUGGACAUUUGCCACCUUAAAAAAAGAUCAUUUCCAAUUCUUGGUGCAAUAGUGUACAUUAAAGGGUGUGAUUCUCGAUUCUUAUUCUGUUCUUUCUAGCAUUUGUGCUAGAUUUUUAAAAAAAAUUUUCUUUUGAUUUUAUGUAUUAGACUACCCUGUGAUGUUGUUUGCUCAUCCUAUAAUUAAGUUUUAUGUAGAAAGAUUCAAAGAAUGUAAAUGGUUUUCAUGAAAAUGAUCAGCUAUAAUAUUUUAAAGGAGUAGAAUGGCAUCUUUGUUUAUAGAACUUUUGUAAAUAAAGUUGAAAUUUACAAGUCAA